CCCAAUUAUUAUUACUAGCACGGAGUAUCUCUUAAAAUUCUUUCAUACCGUAUAAUAAAGGGACACAUCAUAACAAUAUCAUAACUAUUGUUCGUGCACAUUGUUUACCCGACAUGCAACUAACCAACCAACUCUCAACCGCCGCUCUCGGCGGCAUGAGUGGCCUCCCCGCCGCUGCCGUAGCAAACAAUUCGCGUCCAGCCGCCGUCAAGGCCAACACAAACGAUACCAUCCAGAGCCUAACUAACAGGGCUUCAACCGGUGCUGCAAAACUGGCAGAGACCAUGUCCGGCCUCCUCAACAACCUUCAAAUUGAGGUUCCCGACGUCAACAUUAACGGCGCCAAAUCGAGGGACCAAACAAUAAUGAGCAUCCAGGACAUGGAAGACACGCCGGCGAUGUCUCCGAGGGAGAAUAUAUCAUCGGAGUGGAGAGAAAUCCACGGCUGCCGUGAAUGGGAAGGCCUCGUCGACCCGCUCCACCCAUGGCUAAGACGGGAAAUCAUCAAAUACGGCGAGUUCGCUCAGGCGACGUACGACGCCUUCGACAUGGACCCGUAUUCCGAAUAUUACGGAAGCUGUCUGUACGGCCGCCGCGAAUUUUUCGACAAGGUGGGGCUCACCCGGAACGGGUACAAGGUUGUCAGUUACAUUUACGCCAUGUCGUCCCAUAUUGACGUUCCGGAAUGGUUGGAGGGGUCAACCCUGGUCAACGCGUGGAGUAAAGGGUCAAACUGGAUAGGGUUCGUGGGGGUGAGUGACGACGAGGAGACGCGGCGGAUCGGGCGGAGGGAUAUAGUGGUGUCGUGGCGGGGGACGGUGACGCCGUCGGAGUGGUCGGAGAAUAUGCAAAACAAGUUGGAGGCGUUCGGGCAGGGCGAGGCCAAAGUGGAGUACGGUUUUCUGAGCAUUUACACGUCCAAAAGAGACGGUUCAAGAUACAACAAGGAAAGCGCCUCGGAACAAGUCAUGAGGGUGUUGCGUAAGAUGGUUGACUUCUACAUCAGCAGAGGCGAGGAGGUCAGCCUCACGGUGACGGGGCACAGCCUCGGCGGCGCUCUCGCCGUGCUCAACGCGUAUGAAUCGGCGGUCCACUUUCCGGGAGUGCCGGUGACGGUCAUAUCCUUUGCUGCCCCAAGAAUAGGCAACCUAGCAUUCCGGGAUGAGGUAUACCAAAAGGGAGUUAAAACGUUGAGAGUGACAGUGAAGCAAGACAUAGUACCAAAAUGGCCCGGGGUUGUAUUCAAUGAAGGACUACAAAAAUAUGACGAUUUAACGGGUCCAUUAGAGUGGGUUUACACACACAUUGGGGCAGAAUUGAAGCUAGAUGUUAAGUCUUCACCGUACUUGAAAGGCGGGAUGAACCUAUUCGGGUGCCAUAUGCUUGAGACAUACCUUCACCUUGUGGAUUGUUACCACAGUUCAACUGUGACAUUCAGAAAGGAUGCUAAAAGGGAUGUGGCAUUGGUGAAUAAGGAUUGUGAUAUGCUUGUGGAUGAACUUAGAAUUCCUCCAAAUUGGUAUCAAUUGCGAAACAAGGGCCUUCAUCGUAAUUCUUGUGGAAGGUGGGUGAGGCCUAAGAGGUAUGAGCUUCAAGAUUUUCUCUCAUCUCCUGAAGAUUUAGAGCAAAUUUUGUGUUAAUAACCAAAAUAAAACAAAAAUGUUCAACUAGAGCGUAUAAUUUCAUAAUGUAAUGCAGUGAAUAUUGCAGUCUCAUUGCUUUGUAAAUGUUCGUGUUAGACAUCUAUCUUUUGAAGUAUAUAUAUGAGUUGAUUAAUCUUAAAAACUG